AUGGGAUCCGCAUCUGAGGCCAUCCCUGAGUUGGACGUUUUGAUCGUUGGAGCGGGGUUUGGAGCUUUCUCCACUCUGCACAAGUUGCGGCAACAGGGUCUGAACGUCAAGGUCUACGAGAAGGGUUCCGCAUCUGGCGGGAUCUGGUAUUGGAAUCAGUACCCUGGCGCCAGAGUCGACAGCGCAGACACACCGAUAUACCAACUGUUCGAGCCUGAGCUGUACAAGGAUUUCACCUUCAGAGAGCGCUAUGCCGGCUGGAAGGAGCUCAAGCGCUACUUCAACCACGUUGAGAAGACGUGGGACAUCGUCAAGGACGUAGAGUACAACAAGAACGUAGAGAGUGCAACAUGGGACGAGUCCCGCCACCAGUGGCUUGUUGAGUGUGCCGACGGCUCCGAAACAUACUGCCGUUGGUUCAUCCCAGCGAUUGGCUUCGCUGCAAAGCGCUACACUCCGCCAAUCAAGGGUAUGGGUGAGUUCAAGGGUGAUCUCUACCACACAGCCGUCUGGCCGCAAUGGGGUGUCAACCUCAAGAAGAAGCGGAUAGCGGUCAUCGGCACUGGAGCCAGCGGUAUCCAGACCAUCCAGGAGAUCGGCAAGGACGCUAGCCAUCUCACAAUCUACCAACGGACGCCGAACUACUGCCUUCCGAUGAACCAAAAGAUGCUUGACGAGGCAGAAGAGCAGAAGAAGAAGGAGGCCGGCGAGUACGAGAAGGCACACAAGAAGUGCUACACGACGUUCGCUGGUUUCACGUAUGACUUCUCCGAGAAGAACACCUUCGACGACACACCCGAGGAACGCGAGGCCUUCUUCCACAAGCUUCUCAUCGAGGAAGGCGGCUUCCACUACUGGCUAAACACCUACAAAGACAUGCUCUUCGACGAGAAGGCGAAUGACGAAGCCUACAACUACUGGCGUAACUCUGUCCUCAAGCGGGUUCCGGAUUCCAAGAAGGCCGAACUGCUCGCACCGAAGAACAAGCCGCAUCCAUGGGGCACCAAGCGGCCCUCGCUUGAGCAGAACUUCUACGAAGUUGUCUCCUUGCCACAUGUCGAUAUCGUCGAUCUGCAGACUUCGCCCAUUGAGGAGAUCAACGAGACCGGUAUCAAGACCAAAGACGGCCAGGUCGACGUUGACAUCAUCAUUCUGGCCACAGGAUUCGACGCUGUUACCGGCUCACUCGCACAACUCAACAUCCGCGACACGGAUGGCAAGAGCAUCAAAGAGCGCUGGGCAGACGGCACCCGCACGAGCAUGGGCAUCGCAAUCACCAAGUUCCCCAACCUCUUCUUCCUGUACGGACCGCAGGCGCCGACGGCGUUCAGCAACGGCCCAACGUGCGUGCAGGUGCAGGCCGAGUGGAUCGACAAGGUGCUGAAGAGGCUGAACCAAGAUGGCAUCACGAGAUUCGAUGCAAAGGAGGAGGCUAUGAAGGAUUGGCAGAGGAGGAUGAACGAGAAGUGGGACAAUUCGCUGUUCCCUAAGGCCAAAUCAUGGUACCAGGGAGCGAAUAUUCCGGGUAAGAAGGUCGAGCCGCUGAACUGGGCUGGCGGCAUGCCCGCAUAUAUCGAGACUUUGAACAAGAGCGUCGAGAACAACUACCAGGACUGGAAUACCAACGCCAAAUAG